UCUCAGCCUUGCAUCAAGAUGAGAGAAGCCAAAAUAGCCCCCUUCUCCAAUUACGGACUGCAGUGGUGUUUUGAGCAGCUGGGCAAAGAGGAGUUCCAGACGUUUAAGGCCCUCCUGAAGGAGCACGCGUCAGAACCGGCAGCGUGGUCCCUGCCGCUGGCCCAGGUGGACAGGGCCGAUGCGGAGUCCCUCGCCUCCCUCAUGCAUGAGCAUUGCAGAGCCUCUCUCGCCUGGAAGACAUCCAUCGACGUCUUUGAAAAGAUGAGCCUGUUGGCACUGUCUGAGAUGGCAAGGGACGAGAUGAAAAAGUAUCUACUGGCUGAAAUAUCAGAAGAUUCUGCACCAGCAAAGACUGCCCAAGGUCCAAGCGUGAAAGAAGUGCCAGGCCCCAGAGGGGACCCACAGGACUCCCGGGACUACCGGAUCCACGUGAUGACGACAUUCUCCACCAGGCUGGACACACCCCAGCGCUUUGAAGAAUUUGCCUCCGAGUGUCUGGACCCGCUCGCGCUGUCGGGAGCAUUUAACCCAGACCCCAGGGGGGGCUUCCGGCCUCUCACUGUGGUUCUGCAUGGACCCCCGGGGGUCGGGAAGUCCACGCUGGCCCGGAGGCUCCUGCUGUUCUGGGCUCAAGGCGACCUCUAUCAGGACUUGUUCUCCUACGUCUUCCUUCUCCGUGCCAGAGACCUCCAGGGGUCCAGGGAGACCAGCUUCGCGGAGCUCAUCUCCAGGGAGUGGCCGGACGCCCCGGUGCCGGUGGAGAAGGUCCUGUCCCAGCCCGAAAGGCUCUUGAUCGUGGUGGACGGACUCGAGGAGCUGGAGCUCGCCUUCGGAGACCAGGACUCCAGCCUGUCAGCCGACUGGGCAGAGAGGCAGCCCGCGGCCGUCCUGGCGCACAGCCUGCUGAAGAAAGUCCUGCUCCCCGAGUGCGCCCUCCUCCUCACCAUCAGGGACGCAGGCGUCCAGAGGCUCCAAGCCCUGCUCCGGUCUCCCCGUUACCUGUGGGUCGGGGGCCCCCCAGUGGAACACAGGAUGCGGUUGCUGCUCCGCGGUGGGAAGCACGGCCGUCGGAAGAUUCGAGCAUGGCACGUGGGGGCAGACCUCCAGGAGGUGCUUGACCAGCAUCAGGUACCCGUGGUGUGCGCCCUGAUCCGGGAGGCCCUCGAGCUGCAGGGGGAGCCAAGGCAAGGCCUUCCCACCUCCAGCCAGACCCUCACGGGCUUGUACGCCACCUUCGUGUUCCAUCGGCUGGCUCCCAAAGACGCCGGCCGGCGCGCGCUGAGCCAGGAAGAAUGCAUUGCCCUGAAGGGCUUGUGCCGGCUGGCCGCGGACGGCGUGUGGAACGCGAGGUUCGUGUUUGACGCCGACGACCUGGGCGUCCACGGGCUGCAGGGGCCCGAGCUCUCCGCCCUGCAGCAGGCGAGCAUCCUUCUCCCCGAUGACCGCUGCAGAAGGGGCUAUGCGUUCUCCCACCUCCGCCUCCAGGAGUUCUUUGCAGCCUUGUUCUACGUCCUGCGAGGCGUCGAGGGAGACGGGGAGGGCUGCCCUCUGUUCCCACAGAGCACCAAGAGCCUGACGGAGCUCAGGCAAGUCGACCUCAAAGCCCACCUGGUCCAGAUGAAGAGGUUCCUGUUUGGCCUCGUGAGCAGGGAGGCGACGCGGGCCCUGGAAACCCUCCUGGGCUGUCCCGUCGCCCCUGUGGCUAAGCAGCAACUUCUGCACUGGAUCUGCCUGCUGGGUCAGCAUCCCGCUGCCGCCGCCGCCCCGGACUUGCUCGAGGCCUUCUACUGCCUUUUCGAGACACAGGACGGCGAGUUUGUUCGCCUGGCCUCAAACGGCUUCCGAGAAGUGUGGCUGCAGUUGAACCGGCCGAUGGACUUAACGGUGUCUUCCUUCUGUCUCCGGCAUUGCCAGCAAUUACGGAAAGUUCGACUGGAUGUCAGAGAGACACCAAAGGAUGAGUUUGCCGAGGCAUGGCCCGGGGCUCCCCAAGGGCUGAAGAUGAAGACCCACGAUGAGCGCUGGCAAGACCUCUGCUCCAUGCUCAGCAUGCACCCAAACCUACGACAGCUCGACCUGAGCGGCAGCGUCUUGACCAAGGAGGCCAUGAAGACCCUCUGUGCCAAGCUGCGGCAGCCAGACUGUAAAAUACAGAACCUGAUAUUUAAGGGGGCUCGGGUUACCCCUGGUCUCCGUCACCUCUGGAUGACUCUGAUUAUCAACCAAAACAUUAAGCAGCUGGACCUGACGGGCUCCAGCCUGGGAGAGGAGGAGGUUCUGAUGGCGUGUGAGGCCCUCAGGCACCCGCACUGCGCGCUGGAGUCUCUGAGGUUGGAUCACUGUGGAUUAACCCAAGCCUCUUGUCGGGCGAUCUCCCAAGUGCUUGCUACAUCCGUCAGUCUGAAAUCCCUCAGCCUCAUGGGAAAUAAGGUGGCGGACCAGGGCGUGAAGUCUCUCUGUGACGCCCUGAAGGUCACACCCUGCACCCUGCAGAAGCUGAUCCUGGGGAACUGCGGGCUCACAGCCGCCGCCUGCCAGGACCUGGCCUCCGCUCUCAUCGAGAACCAGAGCUUGACACACCUGUGCCUGUCGGGCGAUGAACUGGGGAGCGAAGGCAUGAGCCUGCUGUGUCGGGCCGUGAAGCUCCCCAGCUGCGGUCUGCAGAAGCUGGCACUACACGCGUGCAGCCUGGACGUGGCUGGCUGUGGCUUCCUCGGCUUUGCGCUCAUGGGCAACAGACAUCUGACACACCUGAGCCUCAGCAUGAAUCCCCUGGAAGAUCCCGGGAUGAACCUUCUGUGCGAGGUCAUGAUGGAGCCGUCCUGUCCGCUCCGGGACCUGGAUUUGGUGAAGUGCUGCCUCACCGCCGCCUGCUGCAAGAGCCUGUCCCACGUGAUCACGAGGAGUCAGCGCCUGAGAAGCCUGGAUCUGGCCGCCAACGCCCUGGGUGACGAGGGGAUUGCAGCGCUGUGCGAGGGACUGAAGCAGAAGAACUCCCUGACAAGACUCGGGUUGGAGGCGUGUGGACUGACCUCCGAAGGCUGCAAGGCCCUCUCCGCCGCCCUCACCUGCAGCCAGCACCUGGCCAGCCUGAACCUGAUGCACAACGACCUCAGUCUCAGAGGAAUGACAAUGCUGUGUUCGGCCUUCAUGCAUCCCACAUCUAAGCUACAGACCAUCGGGCUGUGGAAAGAGCAGUACCCGGCCCGAGUAAGAAGGCUGCUGGAGCAGGUGCAGAGACUAAAGCCCCACGUGGUUAUCAGUGACGCCUGGUACUCAGAGGAGGAGGAGGACCGGCGCUGGUGGAGAUCCUGA